UCUCCUGCCUGCAAGCGGAGAAGAGAGAGACCAGGGCUGAGGAGCGAGGUUCGGGAAAGUCGUGCAGGGAGCGAGACUGUGGAUUAAUCACACACACACACACACACUCUGACACGUGGACCGGGUCCUGCGCUGCACACAUUUCUGAACCGGGAUCAGGAGCCGCACGUUUGCAAGCAGGUGACCGAAAGGCGCAGCUGGAGCCUCGACUCCUCUUUCUUGAAGGCAGACUGUAGCGACCUGGCAGCAGGAGAGUAUCCCGAGAGGCGGACCUGUUGCUCCGGGCUGGCAGUAUGAUCACACCGGCACUGUACUGUGAUCGCCUCCUCGGGUGACCGCUGCCCUGCUCGUCCUCGUUCGUGCACCUUGCUGACUUCUUCAGGAAUCCGGGCAUUUCUUUCACAGAAGAACGAGGCGGCGCGCCGCUCACUCAAUAAUAAAACUAACAAUAACAAAUAUAGCAAGCCGGAACACCAUGGCGCCUCCGCGCUGCGGGGUUGCGCUCCUUCUUCUCGUCCUCUGCGGCUGUUUCCUUGCUCUGCUGCAGCCGGCAGCCUCGCCGGUCUCGGAGAGCGGACGGAGUUUACCUGCGGCCGACUCCUCUGUUUCGGGGUGCUGCGAGGGGGACCUCCUGUUCCUGGUCGACUCCUCGGGCAGUGUCUCCUCUUACGAGUUCUCGAAGGUGCGUGAGUUCCUGGGGUCCCUGCUGCGUCCCUUCUCCAUUGGGCCAGAGGAGGUGCAGGUCAGUGUUCUGCAGGUCAGCACCCAGCCCACCCCGGAGUUUGGCUUCUCUGCUCACAGUUCCGGCGAGAGCCUGCAGGAGGCGCUGGCAGGCAUGAGGCAGCUGCACGGAGACACCAACACGGGCGCGGCGCUGGGCUGGGCGCGAGAGCGGGCGUUCGGGCGCGGGACGGGGGCACGGGAGGGCGUGCCACGGGUGCUGGUCUGGGUCACCGAUGGUGUGUCCUCAGACUCUGUGCUCCAGCCAAUGAGGGAGCUGCGAGAGGAGGGCGUGGCCGUGCUGAUCGUCUCCACGGGACACGGGAACUACCCCGAGCUCUCCGCCGCAGCCUCACCCCCCACAGACCGGCACCUUCACUUCGUGGACGUGGACGCAUUCGAUGUGAUCACUGAGGAGCUGAGAGGGGCCAUCAUCGAUAUAAUCCGUGCUCAGCGCUUGUCCGCAGUGGAAGUGACCUCUCGCAGCGCCCGGCUGCUCUGGCCCGCUCUGCUGUCCGCUGGUUCUGGGUUCUAUGUGCUGCGGUUCGGCCCGUCCCAGCUGGACCCGGCUCAGCACCGGAACGUGACCCUGCCUGGCUCCGCCCGCAGUGCCCCCCUGACCGGCCUGCACCCCCAAACCAGCUACACAGCGACCCUGACCCCCGAGUCCAACCUGCAGUACACUGCACCCCUCACUGUGAGCUUCAGCACCCUGCCAGAGGAGCCCCUCAGCCCAGCUCGAAUCCUGAUCUCAGACUCCUGCCCCACCAGUGUGCGAGUGAGCUGGGGUCCAGUGCUGCCCGACUCGGUGGAGGAGUUCCAGGUUUUGUUCGGCCCGCUGCCCAGCGGAGAGGCCCGCUCCGUCACAGUGAGCCGGAACCAGAACUCCACGCUGCUGCAGAACCUGCGGCCCAACACCACCUACCUGGUGACAGUGACCGCGCAGUACCACUCGGGCAGGCAGAGGGCGCUGUCAGCCAAGGCGUGCACACUGGAGGCCUCCCUGCCACAGGGCAACGCUUCCUGACAGGACAGAAUAUCACGAGGAGAGAGAGAGAGAGAGGAGAGGAGCAACCUGAGACAAUACCCUGGAGACACAGAGAGACAAGGACCAGGGGAACACUAACCUCACCGCCACUGUGUACUCCUUUCCAGCUAUCCUGAACUGGGAUUCGAACCAGCAGCCUUCCACACUGCAGUCCAUAACAGCACCCUAACCACUGAGCUACUCAAACCCGCAGCCUUCCACACUGCAGUCCAGCUCACUAACCACUGAGCCACUCAAACCCGCAGCCUUCCACACUGCAGCCCAGCUCACUAACCACUGAGCCACUCAAACCCGCUGCCUUCCACACUGCAGUCCAUAACAGCACCCCUAACCACUGAGCUACUCAAACCCGCAGCCUUCCACACUGCAGCCCAGCUCACUAACCACUGAGCCACUCAAACCCGCUGCCUUCCACACUGCAGUCCAUAACAGCACCCCUAACCACUGAGAUACUCAAACCCGCUGCCUUCCACACUGCAGCCCAGCUCUCUAACCACUGAGCUACUCAAACCCGCUGCCUUCCACACUGCAGCCCAGCUCUCUAACCACUGAGCCACUCAAACCCACAGCCUUCCACACUGCAGCCCAGCUCUCUAACCACUGAGCCACUCAAACCCGCUGCCUUCCACACUGCAGCCCAGCUCUCUCACCACUGAGCCACUCAAACCCGCUGCCUUCCACACUGCAGCCCAGCUCUCUAACCACUGAGCCACUCAAACCCGCAGCCUUCCACACUGCAGCCCAGCUCUCUCACCACUGAGCCACUCAAACCCGCUGCCUUCCACACUGCAGCCCAGCUCACUAACCACUGAGCCACUCAGGGAGAGGGGUCUGGUUAACUCUCUGUAUUAAUUCAAUCCUGCAGGAGGGAGAGGGGUCUGGUUAACUCUCUGUAUUAAUUCAAUCUCACCAGCCUGGAAACACACCCACAAGCAAACACUUCAUAUUAUAAGCUAAUAAAUGAAUAUACAAACACACACGUUACUAAGUCUUUCUCAACAAAAGCUAUUUAUUUUUUGCUGUAAAAUAAGUCUAUAUAAACUGUAAUAAAGUCAGUGCAAGCCUG